AUGAAGUACUUCGCGCAGAAAUGUGUUCAAGCACAUAAUGAAGCUAAAAAGCGAAAGGCUCUUGGGCGUCCUGACAUCGCCCCCAAGAUGGCUGCCAAACAAAAGAAGAAAUCUGCUGAAUCCCAAACUGAAGCACCAAGGCAGGAAGAACCACGCAUUGUCUUCCCUGCCAGCAUGACAGGCUCGAAGCCUAAGGUCACCUCAGUAGCUUCAGAGCUAAAGAAGACAAGGGCAGCUGAAGCCGAAGCCAGGAAGCGCAAGCAGAAGAAUGCUUCUGAUGAGGCCCCAUCCAAGAAGAAGUUGAAGACAAAGUCUUCAAGAAAGAGCAUGCUGCCGCCUCUGAGCCCCUCAAUGUUGAACCCAUCUUUGUUGCUCUUCCAGCUUCACGGAAUCAAGAGCGUCAUCUAG